GAUAUCACUCAAACGUCAUGUACUCGUAUAUGGCCUAAAGGAAGACAAGGACUGGAAUUUUGCUCUCGCUUGUUUUAUUCUUUUUUAUUUGAACAAUGCAGGUCAGAGGUAGCAGCCAGUGCAGAUAAUCAGGAUUCUCAAGUAAUUAGCCCGAGGCGACAUCUUGAGGAAGAAUAUAUGGACUAUGAAGCGAAGAUCGUGACCACCUUCAGUGUAGUG